UUAAUAGAUUCUGCACUGCUGUGAGCUGAAUCCAAGCUAUAGUGAUUUUAUAGCGAUAUACAGUAUGCUGGGUAAAGUUGUGAAAGUGGCAUCUCUCUAUGUAGCCUGCAUUGCUCUUAUGGGAGUAAUGAGUUGUGAUGAAGCAGCGGGAGAAGCCUGCAGCACAUCCCAGUACCAAGUUGCGUACAACUACCGGGACGAACUCGCCCAGUCAACUUGCACUGCUAUGAGUGGCCGGAGUGGAUGGGUGUUUGCAGUGCGCAGGACGUGCAGUAGCGAAGCGCCAACUUGCGCAGAAAUCUGUGGAAGCAGCGCCCUCUCUGCACAAGAUGGCCAAGUCAGCAGAGGAGGACUGGAAUGCUUUAACGCUCUCCAUGUGUAUAUAGAAAGGCCACAACUGUCUGAAGAUACUUCAAAGGACACCGCCAAACUCGGUUUGAAAAUGUUCCGCUACGACUCCUGUAACGGAAGGCACUGUGGACCCAACUUUUGCUGUUGCCGCUCAAAAUAAAGUGCUCUUAGAGGCACCGGUUUUAACAUCAGAUAGAUUAAACAAAAGAUGACUCAUUGGUACUAAUAAAUUUGGUAAUUAGGCCCAUCGUUAGCCUGUCAUUGACAUAGCUUUUAACAGAGGAAAAAAAGUUUGACAGUCAGAUUUUUAUUAAGUUGAGCGUACCCCAUUCUGCAAAAGGAAGACUGUCGCAUUAUGAGGACAGGAAAUUACAAUAAAUAUUCCCGUCUGAUGAUUUGUAAAUGGGAUAUUAUAAUAAAUAUCAGUCUAUUAUAGCA